CAUAAACAUGCACAGCACAUAUCUUUCUAAUUGCCAUAAGCCAACAAACACGAAUCUGUUACUGGUUUUCUUAGUGCUCCCGUGGUGUUUGGAAAUUAUUCGUUUGAACCUCCUCGAUCUUACCUAAAGCCAACCACUCCUACACAUCCAACUCUUCCAAAUUGAUAUAUGACAAUAUCUACUUUCGAUCACGUGUCUGCGGGGCGACUUAGACGGAUUGCGCGUCAUCUCGCCUUCCCAAAUUUUUCCCUUCUGCUGCAGCUCCUAUCCAAAACAUCUAUCUAUAGUACGGAGCACGAGAGAGAGAGAAAGAUGUUUAACUCGGUGAAUCUGGGCAACUUCUGCUCCCAGACGCGCAAAGACCGGACAUCCGAGUUUGGGGACAGGACGGGCUGUGCGUCCAAUAUCUACCUCCCCAGCUGCACCUACUACGUCCCCGAGUUUUCUGCCGUCUCCUCGUUUCUUCCACAGGCCCCGUCCAGACAAAUCAGCUACCCCUAUUCCACAAAUCUGUCUCAAGUGCAGCCGGUACGGGAAGUUUCUUACGGCUUGGACCCUGCUAGUAAAUGGCACCACAGAAGCAACUAUGCGUCGUGCUACUCGGGAGAGGAUCUGGUGCAUAGAGACUGUCUUCCACCAUCCACCAUGACAGAAAUGCUUAUGAAGAACGAGAGCGUGUACAGCCACCACCAUCACCAUCACACCCACCCGGGCUCCAAUCACCCUUCCACAGGUUUUUAUUCCGGCGUGGGGAAAAACAAUGUCCUCCCGCAAGGUUUCGAUCGCUUUUUUGAGACGGCGUACUGCAGCAGCACGGACAAUCAGUCAGACAAUUGUUUACAAAAGGGCGAAGGGGGAAAACUGGAAAGCGACUCCCAACAGCAGCAGCAACAGCAGCAGCAGCCCACAGCGUCUGUACCCGGAGCCGCGGAGCAGGAAAAAGACCCAGAAGAUGAGGAGGAACACACAAAUUCAGGCUCAUGUACGUCUUCCUCUGCAACAACCAAGGACGGCAACACCAGCAAGAGCAGCCACUCGAGCGCUCCUCGAACAAGGAAGAAGCGGUGUCCAUAUUCCAAGUUUCAGAUUCGAGAGCUGGAGCGGGAAUUCUUCUUUAACGUUUACAUCAACAAAGAGAAAAGGCUUCAACUUUCCCGAAUGUUAAACCUCACCGAUCGCCAGGUUAAAAUUUGGUUUCAGAAUAGAAGAAUGAAAGAGAAGAAGCUGAGCAGAGAUCGCCUCCAGUACUUCUCUGGAAAUCCCCUAUUGUGAGCAGGAGCAGAGUGUCACAGUCUUGGACGGUGGCAUUUAGGCCCCCUCUUAUCUCACUGAGUUGUCACUGUGGGCAUACCCAUUUUCUAAGGCAGCCCACAUCACCAACAGUGCAAUGCUAAAGUGGACAGUGGCAGAAAUAGGCCUGCAUGGGAUAAAAAUCGCCAUUUUCUUAUAGCCCUACGGGCGGCGUUGAAUUUCUAGCUGGUCCCCAGAAAAAGGCCUACACUAUUAGAAUAAUCAUUUAUAUGCUGUUCUUGAAUAUGUCCCUCUAUUUAUCAUGAUUCUUCAUUGUGUUUAUUCUAUUGUUGACAUAUUUGUUAAAAACAAUAUGAAAUAUAACAAGCAUUUUGAAUCCUUUAUUGCGCAGACAACUUUUAGCUCUUUCCCCAGCUCUGGUCUUUGUAUAUAGCUUAUCCUCAUCUAAUUAUUUCUCUAACGGAGUACGAACAAAUUAUAGGAAAUCUUUAAUUAAGGUGCAUAUUUCGCCAUUGAGAACUGUGACGUCCAAUCUGUGAAAAAAAGUAUAUCCCCCUGUACAGAGUAGCCUAUGCAAUGUGCUAUCAUGACUGUAAAUAACCGUAUGUUGAAUUUCCUUUCUGCUAUCCCUGCUGCUAUUUUUUCAGUACAGUGCCCAUUCAACUCUAACAGCUUUAACGCCAACACUUGUUAAAUUAUUUGCUUAAAACGUUGCUGCUUUCGAUUCCAGAGAGGAGGAGCAGAUUGUCGGCCUGUGUAUCAUUAACAUAAUACCUAUGAAAUAAACAGAAAACCUAUAG